AUGGCUGCCUAUACCACCAAAAAAUAUCCAUUGGGCUCGCCACAAAAGCAUAUUGAAAUGUGUAAAUCCCAUGAAUUACCUAUUGAUGUGAUAUGUGAGGAGUGUGAUAAAUUUAUUUGUGCUAAGUGUGCCAAAACGGAUCAUAGAGAUCAUAACUGGAACACUUUACCCUCGGCAGCCAGCCUUAGGAGGAGAGGUCUGUUUAAAUUUCUGAAGAAGAUCAAGGAAGAGGAUCUGCCAGGAAUUGAUGAGAAGAUAGAAAAGAUUCCACAGCAGAUUACAGAAAAUAAAGAAGUGUGUGACUCUGUAAUUAAAAAUUUACAGAAGCACUGUGAUGAGAUAAUGGCCAGGCUGACAGAAAUAAAAAAACGCCAGGAAAAAACACUGAUAGACAACUUGGUUAAAAAGAAUAAUCAACUGAACCAUGUGAAAUCUGAGUUAGAGAAGAAGAUGAAAAGAAUUAUUGACGCAGUGGAAUUCAUGGUGGAGAACAACAGCACCAUGUCAGAUUACAGCUUGAUUGACAACCAUAGAGAACUGACAAAAAUGUUGUCUGAAUUGGAGGUUCAUAUGACAAACUGUGAACAUUCAGUGAGGUUCAUUAGAGGUGAAAUUAAUGAUGACUUACUUGAGUCUUUGGUGGGAAAAACUUUGGAUUUAAAUGACAUUGGUGUGACUCAAAUAAAUUCAUUUCAAUAUGCAGAUAAAACAAUACUUUCCUUGGAGACAUUCAGUGAAGAACAAUGUUAUAUACAUGAAAUAAAUUCAAAUUGCAUAGAAAAAGUCAAUAAGCAAGGCAUAAAAGAACAGAGAUUUAGUAUUUUCCCUAAUGAUAUGUGUGUGACUGAUACUGGUGAUGUUUAUUUCACUGACUAUAGAAACAAGUCCAUCAGCUGUCUGUCACCAUCAGGAUCUGUCUCUACAGUCAUCAGUACACAUGGUACAGAUCCACUGGAACCAUUAGGGAUCUAUCAGUCAGUGGUCGGUGGACUACUGGUCACCUUGAGAGACAAGGAAUCAGAUUAUUACAAAUUAGAGUCACACAGCAGACGUCUGGUGAGACACAUCACAGUGACAGGUGAUGUCAUCCAUGAGUAUGAGUACCAGGAGGACGGUCAGACCAGACUGUUUACAGAACCAUACAGAGUCACACAGAACAGUAACAGUGAUAUCUGUGUUGUGAACCGUACAAGUAAGACUAUAGGUGAUCUAGUGAUUAUGUCUCCCUCUGGUCGUAUUAAGUCUGUCUACCAUGGACAGAACAUGACAAAGGACUUUAGACCAACUGAUGUGGUGUGUGACUCCCUCUGUAACAUCCUUGUUCCUGAUCUUAACAACAAACAGAUCCAUCUACUGAGUCCUGACGGGGAGUUCUUGAAGUUUUUAUUGACAGAAAAAGUGUGUCGUCCAGUCAGAUUAUCACUACACAAGUCUACUCUGUGGGUUGGUUACGACGAAGGAUUUGUCAAAGUGUUUCAAUACAACAACAGUUAG